UUUUACCCCCCACAGCAACAACUAAACCGUGACGGAACAAUCCACCGACGAAAACAAUCAGCGCCCUUCUUCUACCUCCCUCCCUCAUACCCACACCAUGCGAAUACCCACAGGCCUCUCUUCGAUCCUCCUCUCCUCCGCCUUAAUGCCCAGCCUAAGCGCAGCAAGCGGCUUCGACUGCGCCCACAUCAACGUUGACAACUUCAAAUACGACCUAAGUCCGCUGGCCGGCGUGCACUCGCUCUAUAAUGUUGAGAAAACGGAGGAAUACGUAGUGAACACCACGUAUGUGCUGAACAUAUGUAACAUCCUGAAGGGGGCCUCGAUCAGAGGUCAUCUGAAAUGCGGGACAUCCAAGAAUAUUUGCGGAUUCCAGUACAAAUACCCCGUCGACGGUUCCGAGGAGACAAGCCGGGCCUUCCCCAUCGUCGGCCUCGAUCAUCUCGGCCACGGAAGCAAGGACCCUGAGAUCACCCGGUUAAAGAAGCUCGAUGCCGACGAGGAGGGUCUCCUUGUUAAACUCUCGGGCGGCAACUACGUCGACGAAGAAGGGAAGAAGAAAGAUGCGGGCGCGGUGCUCGAAUUCCAAUGUGACCCCGAUCGAACGGGCCUAGAGGGCCUGCAGACGACGGAUGAGCCGAACGAGGAAGAGCGGAGCCGGAGACGGCGCGAAGAAGGAGGAGACGGCAGCGAUGGGAAAGAACAGCUGCCGGACGAGGAAAAAGGCCGGUCGCAGAGUCUCCAGUUCAAGAGUUUCGGGAAGGCCGAUGAUGAUUCGUACGUGCUGAAGCUGAACUGGCGGACGAGGUACGCUUGUGAUCAUUAUCUGGAGGGGAAAAAGGGUGACUCGUCGAGUCACUGGGGCUUCUUUACUUGGUUGAUUAUUAUUCUCUUCCUUUGUAUUGCUGCCUAUCUUAUCUUCGGCUCCUGGCUUAACUAUAAUCGCUACGGAGCCCGGGGGUGGGACCUCCUUCCUCACGGCGAUACUAUUCGGGAUAUCCCCUAUAUAUUCCAGGACUGGCUCCGUCGGGUCGUUAACACGCUCCAAGGAUCGGGGUCCAGAGGUGGUUAUAGUGCGGUAUAAUGACGUCCGAGCGUAGUGCAGGGUAGCUUGCUUUCUUGUUUGUCUUCGUUUCACUUGGCAUCGACUUUGUCUUCACUGUGGG